AUGGCGCAACGUGUCUUCAGCGCUGAGGAGGCUUAUGACUUCCUCACUCAGUCUGAUGAUGAAACCACUCUGACUGCGUCAGACGACGAUGUCACUCUGACUGCAUCAGAUAUUGAUCCAGUAUCUGAUGGAUCUACGUCUGAGUCAGAGGAAGAAGAUGAUGGCCUGGGUCCAUCUGCUAAAGUCGGGCGUGGAGAGCCUGACUCUAAAUAUAAUUGGGUGCCCCCAAAUAUGAUUGACCCAGUAAUCCCUGCUUUUACUGGGACUCCUGGCAUCAGAUGUGGCAUUGAUGCUAGUGAGCCAAACUCAUUUUUCAAUUUAAUGUUUGCCCCUGAGUUUUUUGAGCUGCUAGCAGCUCAAACAAACAUCUAUGCAGCCCAGUGUCAGGCAGCUGACCAAGGAGACAGAAGCCAGACCUGGUACCCCACUGACCCCCAUGAAAUUAAAAAAUUUUGGGCCCUGACCCUUAUGAUGGGCAUUGUCAAAAAGCCUACUAUGCGAUUAUAUUGGAGCACAGAUCCCAUAAUAUCCACCCCUGCUUUUUCCCAAAUAAUGCCCCGGAACAGGUACUUUGAGCUCCUAAAAUGUUUACAUUUUAGCGACAAUUCCCAAUGCCCCCCUAGAGAGCACCCCCAAUUUGACCGUUUAUAUAAAUUGAGGCCCAUUAUUAAUUAUUUUUCAAGUAAAUUCCCUGAAAUUUAUACCCCCGAUCAAAAUGUGGCUAUAGACGAGUCCCUGGUCCUAUUCAAGGGUAGACUGAACUUCAAACAGUAUAUCCCAUCCAAGCGCUCGAGGUACGGUGUAAAGUUAUAUAAACUUUGCGAGAGUGGCACGGGAUAUACUGUUUCCUUCAGAAUCUAUGAGGGGAAGGACAGUUACCUUGAUCCCCCUGGCUGCCCACAAUCUGUGGGUACUAGUGGGAAGAUAGUGUGGGACCUGCUGUCCCCCUAUUUGAAUAAGGGCUACCACCUCUGGGUGGAUAACUUUUACACCAGCCCAGAUUUGUUUCAUUUUUUAUUUUUACAGCAGACCCCGGCAUGUGGCACUGUUAGGCCAACCUGCAAGGGUUUUCCUAAAAUUCUGAUGUACCCAAAACAGAAGCGCGGCAGUACCAGUGCUCUGCGCAGUCAGGAGCUGUUGGCCCUCAGGUACACUGACAGGAAGGAUGUGUAUAUCCUCUCCACUAUACACAAUGAGAAGGUGGUACCUGUCAGUGUACGUGGGGAAGGUGAUACUCAGGGGCUCAAGCCUCAGUGUAUCACCGAUUACAACAAGAACAUGGGGGGUGUAGAUCUUUCUGACCAGUGUCUGCAGCCGUACCUGGUGCUGCGUAAGACCAAGACCUGGUACAAAAAGGUGGCCAUUUACCUCACCCAGGUUGCCAUGUACAACACAUAUGUGUUGUACAAGAAAUGUGCCACUGGGAAGAUCUACAACUUCCUAGAGUUGCAGUUGAAAAUCCUGAGGGAUAUCCUCUUUGAGCAGGCAAACCCUAACGUGCAGGAUGAGAAUGUCCUGCGUCUUACCGGCAGGCAUUUUCCUUCUACAAUCCCCACCACUGGUGCCAAACAGAAGCCUCAGAAAAGAUGCAGAGUCUGUUACAAAAAGGGUAUUAGGAAGGACUCCAGGUACCACUGCCCUUCCUGUCCCUCUUUGCCAGGACUCUGCAUCAAUGAGUGCUUCAUGAUCUACCACACCAAGGUAGAUUAUUAA